CUUUGUCCAGAUCGACAACUUCACAGCGACAACCCUCCUAGCAAACCCCGCGACUGAAGCCAAGGCGAAGAAGCGUCCCAUACUCCCAUCCCCGUUUCCGAUCCGCCGCGCUGAUGUCGAGGGCAUCGUCGACGCCGCAGCAGCCGCCGCCGCCGCACCGGCCGACGGUGGCGCUGCUACUGGGACUUGCCCUCGUUUUCUGCCUGUCCGUCCUCUCCAUCCAGUCCUCCUUCACCGCCCCCAGGGUGCCAAGCAGGCUGGAAGUCGACGCGGAGCAGGUCCGCGAGCUCUCGGGGUUCCAGUCCCGCGUCCAGCAAUGCGUGGCAAGCAGGGGACUUGGCCUCACAGCGGAUAUUGUUGAUCACUGCAAGCUAGUCCUUAAAUUUCCUACAGGCACAAACAGCACUUGGUAUAACGCCCAGUUCAAGAUUUUUGAACCACUAGAAUACAGAUAUGAUGUCUGUGAAACUAUCCUUUUGUGGGAACAGUACCGCAACGUGACGACUGUGUUGACAAGGGAGUACUUAGAUGUGAGGCCUGAUGGAUGGUUGGAUUAUGCAGCUAAAAGGAUAGCACAGCUUGGCGCUAAAAAAUGCUACAAUCGUACUCUGUGUGAAGAGCUCCUUAGUGUUUUGCUGCCCGCUAAACCCCCUUUCCAUCCACGCCAGUUUGCGACAUGUGCAGUUGUUGGUAACUCAGGGGAUCUCUUAAAAACAGAGUUUGGACGAGAGAUUGAUGCACAUGAUGCUGUGUUCCGAGACAACGAGGCACCUGUUAAUAAGAAAUAUGCAAAAUAUGUUGGGUUGAAAAGAGACUUUCGACUGGUUGUCAGGGGUGCUGCUCGAAACAUGGCACCGAUACUGAACGGCUCCUCCGACGAGGCGCUUAUUAUAAAAAGUUUGACGCACAAAGAAAUCAAUGCAGUGAUAAAGGAACUUCCGAAUCCUGUUUACCUUUUUCAAGGUAUAGUCCUAAGGAGAGGUGCUAAAGGAACUGGUAUGAAGUCCAUAGAAUUAGCCCUUUCCAUGUGUGACAUUGUUGACGUGUAUGGUUUUACGGUUGACCCUGGCUACACGGAAUGGACAAGGUACUUCUCAGCCCCUAGGAAAGGACACAACCCACUACAAGGCCGAGCUUAUUAUCAACUUCUGGAGUGUCUUGGAGUAGUUCGGCUUCAUUCCCCGAUGAGAGCGCAAAGAGUGGAAGAUUGGUCAGAUGUGCCGAGCAAGGAAGAAAUCAAAAGAGCACAUGCUGCGGCUUUUCGUUUAAAAAAGCACGAAAUUGGUCAAGCGGAUGAACUGGGGCCAUUUAGCAAUUGCAAGGUAUGGGGAACAGUUGACCCAGAUUACGGUCCAGUGUCUGGAACUUCAGAUAUGAGUGAGACACGGCGGAAUUCAAACUACAGCAAGUGGGAGUUGCUCCCACUUGAGAAACUGAGGAAUGAGGCUCAGGAACACCAUGCCCAAAUGGGUGGUGUAUCUCUAUACAAGAUGGACGGAAACAAGCUAGAUGAUCUUGUUUGUGUGAGGCACGAGCAUUCAUCUGGUUAAGGCAACAACACCUGAUUUCCCUGGAGAUAGCAUUUUGAUCCUAGCAGGAUCAGUUUCAUGAUCACCUAGGUAGGAUUCUCCGUGCUGCAGAAGACCCAGAUAUCAGUUGAACAUGCAGAUUUUGGUGCAUCGACUGUAGGGUUGCGAGAGGCAUCAGAAUCAGGGGUUGCGAGAGGUAUCAGAUUCAGGGGUUUGUUCAUCAUCCUCACAUGACAGGAAAAAGAAAAUUCAUUUGUUGGUUGCUUAGGCAGUUCUAGGGGCAGUAGCUUAACCAGUCAGGAGGGUUCUGUGGAACACUUGCUAUGCAACAUGCAAGUAGAUGCUAGUUUUUGUGUGCGAAAUGAACUAACCAUCCUACUGUUCUGAAGUACUUCUUGAGCUGUAUCUCUCUAACUCCUUUUUUUAGAGACAGGCGGCUUUUGUUGUUGAGAAUUGACAAAUACGUUAAUCAUUUGAUUUUGUUA